UUAGUUUAAAAUCUAGCGAUGUUGCUAACAACUUGCACUAUGGCGCCUUGAACACGGUACUCAACCCUUCUACCAACCUCACUCUUUCAACGUAAGUGAUAAGCUUUUUUCUGCAUAUAUUUCCUCAUAGUUUUGAUGUUCUUUUGCAAAUGGUUUUCCUAUCAGAGCAUUGGUGCAACCGAGAUAGUAUCCAGUGGAAUCGGGUGUUUGGAUACAGGGCAGUUCAUGCACCAGAAGGGGCCAACAUUUGGUCCUUUGGGGAAUGAACAUAUCGAAAACUGGGCUGACUCUGGCCUUGCCGAUAAUAGCCAACAGACUGUCACUUCAACUGAUGUUGACACUGACCAUAAAAACCAGGUUCCUGGCGUUCAACAUGGACCUAUAAUGGUGGAUUCAGUGGAUCAGUCCAAGUCAAAAUUUGGUGAUCAAAAGAUGCUUCGCAGGCUUGCUCAGAAUCGAGAAGCCGCAAGGAAGAGUAGAUUGAGGAAGAAAGCAUAUGUCCAGCAGCUCGAGAAUAGUCGACGUAGGCUCACAGAGUUAGAGCAAGAGCUUCAAAUGGCAAGACUGCAGGGUUCUUUUACCACGACUAGACAUUCGGUGGACCAUGGUCAUUUGGUCUUGGGAAAUGCGGCUCUGGCGUUUGACAUGGAAUAUGGUUGCUGGCUCCAUGAACAUCAACGACUGAUAAAUGACCUAAGAUCGGCAGUGAAUUCAAAUAUUGGGGAUAGUGAAUUAUGCAUUCUUGUUGCGGGUGUCAUGGCACAUUAUGAUGAAGUUUUCAGGUUGAAAAGCAUUGGUACCAAGGCAGAUGUAUUUCACAUGCUCUCUGGAAUGUGGAAAACACCUGCAGAGAGGUGUUUUAUGUGGUUGGGAGGAUUUCGUUCAUCCGAACUUCUCAAGAUCCUUGGAAACCACGUUGAGCCUUUAACAGACCAACAAUUAAUGGGCAUAUGUAAUCUACAGCAGUCUUCUCAACAGGCUGAGGAUGCCUUAUCACAAGGAAUGGAAGCUUUGCAACAAUCUCUUGUAGACACCCUCUCGUCCACAUGUUUAGGUCCUACUGCUCCCGGAAACGUUGCUGAUUACAUGGGCCAGAUGGCGAUUGCAAUGGGAAAACUUGUCACAUUGGAGAACUUCCUACACCAGGCUGACCUUUUAAGACAGCAAACUUUACAACAAAUGCAUCGAAUUUUAACCACUCGGCAAGCAGCCCGGGCCCUAAUAGUUAUUAGUGAUUACACUUCAAGACUUAGGGCUCUUAGCUCUUUAUGGUUAGCCCGGCCUAGAAACUGAAUCUUCCAUUCCAUGAAAGCUCAUCUUGGUUUCAUCAAUGCGUUGCACAGAACAUUU